AUGCCAAAUCCCAGCAUCUUUACCAUUAACAUCUACCAGCUGGUAGACCAAAGGAAUUUUGCGGGCGCUGUUAACGCUACUGCUAUAGCCGGAGUUUCACACGAACUGCGAUACAACUGUACCGACUUCGAGCUGGCGACCGCCGUGAUCUUCGUGGAGCGGUGGAUGGGUGAGCGGCGCACGCUGCUGGCCGCGUGGCGUCUAGAAGAGGGCAGCGUUAAAGUGCUCCUGGACGGCGGUGCCGUAUGCGAUCCCACCUUCCGCGACCGGAAUGUCUGCCUCACCACGUACUCGGGGGAUGCUUUCGUGCCCAAUUGUCACGAUUUUAUAUGGCUUUCGCUGAUAAUUAUAAUCGCCGUGGCGCCGCUGGUGUUGUUUUACGCGCGUCGCGCCCGGCUGCACAGUCUUAAACUACGCGACCUAGCGCUACUCGAACAACUGCUAGAACAGCGUAAGAGCAACUCUCGAAAGUUUGCUUCGCACUUGGUUUCGCGCGAUGAGUUUGAAUUACGAGAGGAAUUGGGAUGUGGUGCGCACGGGCACGUGCGCGUGGCGGUGUUGCGGCGCCCGCGCCAGCCGCCGCUGGCCGUGGCGGCCAAGAUGCCGGCCGAGGAGCGGCUGCAGGACGAGGCGGACCUCAUUCGCGAAGCGGGCGUCUUGGCUACACUCAAGCACAAAAACGUAGUCCGCUUCCUGGGAGUUUGCUUAGAUGGACCAGCAUUAUUUUUUAUGGAAUAUGCAUUUUUUGGCGAUUUGCGGAAUUACUUGCGCACGCGGCGACCACUCGCCGAGUUCGCUUACAGGAGUUGUGCCACUAAUGGCAUCCCGGACGGGCACGAUGUGGCCGAAGCGAUUUACGUUUCUGCGGCCGCGCUGACGCAGCUGGCCCGGGACGCCACUGCCGCUCUGGACUACCUAUCGAAGCGGCGGAUCGUUCAUCGGGACGUCCGAGCUUCCAACUGUUUGAUCGACGAAACACGCACGCUUAAACUCGCGGACUUCGGCUUGGCACGCACUCUCUCCGAUGAAGAAGAGGAGUACACCUAUCAGCAUCUGAGGCGCCUGCCACUUGCCUGCAUGGCGCCAGAGAGCCUAACGCACGGUGUUUUCUCUACGGCAUCAGACGUGUGGGGUCUGGGUGUACUUAUGCUAGAGCUGGUGACACUCGGAGCUCCACCAUACGGUGAGGCGAAACCAGCAGAAAUUAUGGAUCGAAUUCGCGCCGGGGGGCAUCCGCCGUUGCCGCCGGCCGUCAAUACGCUCACGCACGAGCUGCUGACGCAGUGUUGGCGGCUCUGUCCCUGCGAACGCCCGAGCGCUGCUCAGUUGGGUUCUUUCAUGGACAUUCACGUCGCCGCCCUCGCUCCUACAUGUUGUAAUCCACUUUGUGUCAUU